AUGGAAAACGAAGUUAGUAAAUUAAAUAUUUCAGAUGGAGACACCAAUAUAGUUAAUAAUCAGAAAAAUUGUUCGUAUUGCAAUAAGUCUUUAGCCGAAGAGUUAUGGUGUAAAGAAUGUGAUCCAUUUAGAAUGAUAGAAGGCUGGACCAGCGGAAAUCCUGAUAUUGAUAAGUUUGUAAAGGAUACAAUGUAUAAUGCAAGAAAUCUCACAUAUAUAAGACAUCCAUUUCUUGAAUGGGUAACAUUAGAUAGAUUUACAGAUAUAAAAGAAAUUGAUGAAGGUAGUUUUUCCAAGGUGUAUUCUGCAACUUGGAUUGAUGGUAAAUCGGAAUAUUAUAAAAAUAAUGAUGGAAGUUAUAAAAAAGUAAACCUUGAACCUAUGAUGGUAGUUGCUUUGAAAAGGUUAAUUGGAUCACAGAAUAUAAAAAACAAAUUUUUAAGUGAACUUAAAAUACAUUGGAAAGUAUGUAUGUUAUACGGGUUCGAUUUUUAUGGAUUAACCAAAGAUCCAGAAACUAGUGAAUUUAUUAUGAUUAUACGAUUUGCAGAUAAAGGAAAUUUGAGAAGUAUUCUUUCAAAAAAUUUUAAUGAUAUGUUUUGGCAAAAUAAAAUUAACUUAUUGCAUAAAUUAUCAUAUGACCUGCAGAGUUUUCAUAGUUUAGGAUAUUUUCAUGGACAAUUUCAUAGUAAAAAUAUUUUACAAGAUCAUAAUUUAUUUUUCAUUUCAGACUUUGGGUUAUGUGGACCAUCAAGCAAAGAUAAUGGUGUAUAUUAUGGAGUAGUGCCAUAUAUUGCACCAGAAGUCUUAAGUGGUACACAAUAUGAAUUAUCAUCUGAUAUUUAUAGUUUUGGAGUAGUUAUGACUGAAUUAUCAACUGGAAGACGUCCUUUUUGCAAUGAAAAUUAUGAUUCAAGAUUAAUAUUUGCCAUAUGUAUAAAUGGACUCAGACCAGAAUUUGGAAAAGGAACUCCUGAAUUUUAUGAGGAAUUAGCUUAUAAAUGUAUGAAUGAAAAUCCAAAUGAAAGACCAACAGCUGAAGAAUUAUUUGAUAUAUUUAAUUUUUGGCUUGAUUCUAUUAGAGGUAGAAAAGAUGAAGAGGAAUGUUUCAGUUACAAAGGAAAAGAGAUUAAAGAUGCAUUUGAAGAAGCUGAUAAAGAAAUAUCAAAUAUCUCAACUUCAUAUAAAAAAGGGUUCUGA